UAUCGUGCGACAUGUAAUUCUUAACGCGCACACGCGCGUACUGACCUGUGGAAAUAAUGUCUUUAGUGCUUUUAUCUUGAUUAGUGGUUUUCAAUGAACUUGGACGAACGUCUUUUAUUGUUUAUAUCAAAAAUUCUCAAGCGUCCAAAACAUGGCAAAGUUGUCGUCUGCUACUUAGCGUCCUCGGCGAUGCUCAGGAAGCCUCCUGCCAAAUUCGAAAUAUUAGACAUAGAUCCAACAUUAUGCACUCACAUUUUCUACUCUUUCGCUGGCUUAGAUGAAGAAUCGUAUACUAAUAAAAGUCUCAACCAAUUGCUUGAUAUAGAACAAGAUAAUGGUAACGCUGGUUAUAAAUACCUGACCGGGAUUAAAAAGAGUUAUCCUCAUAUAAAAGUUACUUUAAGUCUUGGUGGGUGGAAUGAAGGUUCCGAGCAAUUCUCUGAGAUGGCUGGCAAUAGAUGGGAAAGGUUCAGAUUUAUCAGAAGCGUCAUGCAAUAUCUUGAGAAAUACGAAUUUGAUGGUCUAGACAUAAUUUGGAAAUAUCCUACAGUGGGAAGUGGAACUCCUGAAGAUAAAGAUAACUUCGUCACUUUGGUCAAGGAAUUAAAAGAGGCAUUCUUACCAUACGGCUACAUUCUAAGCGCGUCACUGUCUAAUAUCAGAGAAAUAAUGAGUUCUGCGUAUGAUUUAGUGAACCUGAAUCGUUAUUUGGACUUUAUUUAUUUACUUGGGAACGAUUAUAGAGGACCUUGGCGCAGAACUGUCGGAGCAUCCGCACCAUUAAAGGGAUUAAGUAAACGGGAUGAUAGAAAUGUGGAAUAUAUAAUUAAAUACUUGCUUUCGUUCGGACUAAGUCCUGAUAAAUUAGUUCUCGCCAUACUUUUCACCGGUCAGACGUUUAUUUUGAGAGAAUCCGAUGUAAAAAAUAUUGAAUUUGGAAAAACUAAAGCAGUUGGAUUUUAUGGAUUUUCUGGACCAUAUAUUAAUGGGUUUAAUAUGUACGGAUAUAACGAGGUAUGUCUAGAUUUGAAAAAUAAUUCCAAGUGGGUUUAUCAUUGGGAUAAAGAAUCGUCGACACCGUAUUUGCGUGAUGGACGUCGUAUUAUUACUUAUGAUGACACUCGUUCUAUCGCCAAUAAAGUCAAAUUGGGUAUUGAAUACAAUAUCGCUGGGUUUAUGGCUUGGAGUAUAGACACUGAUGAUUUCAAAGGUCUCUGUGACAUGCCAAACGAUACUUAUACUUAUAUGGAUUUCACUGUGAGAUUUAAUGACAUAACAAAAGAAAAAUUCUGGCAAGACUCUUCGAAAAUUCCAAAUACCCAGACUGACUCAGACGGGAACGUAUAUGGAUAUUUAAGAAAUAAACAAAUUUUCGGAUUAAAACAAAAUAAUUUCAGAAAUUAUCCCCUUUUGAGGACAAUUAAUGAAGCGAUAUACAUAGCAUUAGAAGAGAAGAAGAUAGUAGAUACUAUUAAUCUAGCUACAACUAGUUUAAAAGAGCAGAAAUACGAGCAGAAUAUAGGAGAUUACAGUGACACACAUAUACCGUGUGAAAUAACUUGCUCAAAAGUAUGUUUUUAUGAACCUGGUUAUUAGGGUGAAAAAGAAAAAUAUUAUACAGCCUAAAAAUAUAUUGUAAUUAAAUUGGUGAAUUCCUGCACUAACAGUUACCCAUGUGUUAGUCUAUAUUAUUGUUAACAUUAUAUAAAUUGUCAUAAAAUUAAUUAUAGAGUAAAACUUUUGAAAUG